GAACCCUCUUCCCGCGCAUAAAUUCCGCGAGUCCGUCCUGCUCGGCUCUCCCUCGAAAUUAAGGAGCACACGAAGGAAACCAAAAGCGCUCGCGAGAAGGAAGAGGAGGAGGAGGACGGCCCGGCUCGCGGACCGCAUCGCCCGCUGGUAGCUGACGGCACUCGGCCCCGUGGAUUUCAAGCUUGGUGGUGGCUCGUCUGAUCCCGCACUCUGCUGCUUUUCUCUCCCCGCACUGUAUCACUCUGCAGUAUCUGUUCUGCAGGUCUAGGCAUUUAUCCUAUUAGUUUACAGACUAGUAAAUAAUGUAUCCAGUAAACCAAUACAUGGAUCCAUACUAUUCCCACUACAGAAAUCAUACUCCCUACCCACACUACCCUCCACCUGGAUGGGAAGUCAGUCACCCCCGGGCACUGGACUCAUCAUAUCGGCCACCGAGCUAUGGACCAUGGCCAUACAAUGCUGGUAUACAUCACCCGCAUCCUUCUGAGUUCCAUUGCUGCUGCAACCACACCUACCCUAUAGGUUAUUACAAUUUUAGACCCCCAUUCCCUCAAGAACUUCCACCCGCACAUCUAUAUUAUCAUGUGCCAUUUCCACAGCAUCAGAAUGAAUGUCCUUACUUUGCCCGCCCACAUCCUUAUACUGUUGAACAAACGCCAUAUGAUGACAAGAAGUUCAAGAGCCAUUGCUGUGGAUGUCCAAAUCAUGUUUGCCAUGAGGAUAAGAGCAACAUGAAAAUCGAGGAAGAAAGGCCUGAUGUCAAGCUUGAAGGUGAGCACAAAGAUGCUGAUAGUGCCAGUAUAAUUCGCCAUCCAAACAACCACUAUCCACUUUUAUGGCUUCCGUCUGGCAACAUGGAAGACAAGGAGAAUGGAAGGCGUUAUGAAUUAACACCUCAGUUCUUGAAUGGAUGGGUUCCUCCUGUGAGUAGCAAGGGGAUAGGAGAUGUGAAGCAACAAGAGCAAGACAAUCAGAAGUCCGAACAAUUUCAAUGUCCCGAGUUGAAGGAGAUGGAUGAGAGCCCAAAGGUUUGUGAAGAAGCUCCUCAAUCACCCAAGAUCAAGAUUAUUCCCUUGUCGUGGUUUCAAAAUGAUCCUCAUGGUCAGAAACCGGCUGCGAAGGAUGGCCCUGGAGAUCACGGUGACAGACCAGCAGUGAAGAGCCAACCUGCAACUGCUGAGAGAAACAAUAAAACCACUCCAGUUGUGCCUAAGAGACUAAACAAUGAGAGGAAACCUGCAAGGGAAAAUUACAAGACCAUUCCAGUGGUGCCGGAGAAAGUGAUUGAUGAAAAGGUCGGUACUCUCAGAACCAUUCCAGUCAUGACUGAGAAAGAAAGUGAUGAGAAGAAGCCUGGUGUGGAUGAAAAGAAAGAGGUAAAGAAGGCCAGCAAUGCUGAAAAGGAAGGAGAAAAUGGGAAAACAAAUCAUGGUGAGUCAUCAACAGCUAAGCAUUCAAAAUUGCCCCCUGUAUGCUUGCGAGUGGAUCCCUUGCCAAGAAAGAAAUCCGGAAAUGGUUCGUCGAGGUCUCCCAGCCCACCAACCAGGAAGGAUGCUGACAGGGCCAAGAAGGACGUGAAGAAGCCUAAACAGUCGGAUACAAAGAAGCAUAUUACUAUGUCUAAGGUGAAAGAAAAAUCGCCAAAUGAAAUGAAGAAAGGAAUGGGGUUUAACAAUGAAACAGUGCAAGCUGCUUCUGCGAAACAUGCACAGGAGGAAGAAGUUCCCACGAGUAAAGAUGACCAGCGGGUGCAAGCCAGUAGCACUAGUGUUGAUGCUCAAGAAAAUGUGGGUGCUAAGAACUUACAUGAAGGUCACACUCAAGAAAAUGCGGGUGCCGAGAGCUUGCAGGGAGGUGACAAAAGCACAAAUGAGGAUGAGAUAAUAAUUCAAAGUGAAUCUGCAAAAGAUGAUGCCAGGAUAUGCAGAAUCAAUUUAUCAGAACAAGAUGCAUCAAUUCGUAUUCAGUCUGCAUACAGAGGGUAUGAUGUCCGAAGAUGGCAACCAUUGGAUAAGCUCCGAAAGAUCAGGGAUGUGCAUGAACAGCUGCAAAGUGUGAGGAACCAGCUGCAAAGCCUUGAAACUUCUUCCAAGAAGCCAACAGAGAAAGAGCAAGUGGCCAUCAGUGAGACUAUUAUGAACUUACUCCUGAAGCUUGACACAAUCCAGGGCUUGCAUCCAAGUGUAAGGGAGACUAGGAAGUCUGUUGCUCGAGAGCUAAUUUGCUUGCAGGAGAAGCUUGAUACUUUAUGCAAGCUACUAUCUGGUGAGUUUAAUCACACAAACAGUGAGGAAGAUGAACCAAAUAGAGCUGAGAGCGUUAUCCAAACUGCAGCUCCUACCUUGACAUCUGAAGCUUCUGAUAAAGACGAGAAAGCUCUAGUAGUACUAGGACUGGGUGAAGCAAAAGGACCAUCUUCAGUCAACUCUGUGGAGCUGUGCGACACAGUUCCAUCUCGAGUUUCCGUGGAGGUGAUGCAAGAUGCAGAUUCCAGUGAGCAGAAGAAUAAAAAAGAAGAGUCAUGUACCACCAGAAUGGAAGUAGCACAUGAAGAAGGGAAAGCUGCGGUUCACAUUGAAUUUAAAGGAGCGUCAUCGAUGGAUAUGAUGAGUGAUGCAGCUUUGCCGGAGCAUCCCGCUCACAACCAGGAGUGCCACAUCGAAGAAUCAAAUUCUGUUUCAAUGGAAGAAGUGACUGAAGAAGAGAAAACAGCAGUGGAGGAUGAAGGACAAGAGGUGCCAAUAGUGGACUCCAUGGAACCAUUGCACGAUGCUGCUUCAUCAGGGGACUUUAGUGGGAUGAAACAAUGCACAGCUUCUACUGGGCAGAAUCUCCUUGAUGAAGAAUCGAAUACAGGAGUCUCUCCUGCUGCCACUGAGGACAUCAAGGCCACUACAGCUACAGCAUCUCUGGAUAGUAGACUGGUAACUGAUAAAGACGGCUCUGUGGAAGGUCAGAUACGGGAUGCUGUAGGUGUAGAAAGCCCAGAACUGAAACAAGAUGUCCCCCCUGCUGAAGCUCAGCACAACGAAUCAAGUGCCCCAAUUGUUAAUGUGGAGGAUUCAUCAGUAUCUUUGAAGGAUGCAGAGCCACAUGAGCAUGAUCCAACUCGUACAAUUGACUCUGUUAUGUCUAAUGCAGAUGAUCAACCAGAAGAAGUCAGGGGUAUCAACAUGCAGGAACAGGUUGCGGCUAUCACGCAGGAUUUAACCAAAGAACAAGAUGAAACACCAGAGGCUUCAAUGGAUGAUACAAAACUUGCUGCUUCUGCAGAUGCAGAAAAGCCUGAUCAGGCUGCCUUACUGGAACCAACAUCAGAGUCUGACUCUGCCCGAGAACAAACUGCUUUGGAGGAGUCUGACGAUGCAGUGCAAUGUGAAGUUUCUGGCAAGGACGACUCACCACAUGUGGAUCAGAGAAUCGAACCUACUGUUGACAAGCUGACUGGAGGUUCUGCAAAGGGAGAAGAUCCUCUUCUUGAGGCAUCAAGGAAGGAACCUGACAUUCAGGAGAGUCAUCCUAACAUUGGAGAAGAGACAGACGAUACAAAGGCUGAAACAGUCUUCCCAGAACUGGACUCUUGUGGAUUAUCAUGUGUGCAUGAGGAUGGCAUCACUGGUUCGUGCGUAGAUGCGCAGGUGUCUGAGACAGAUGAAUGCAAUGAGGCGCUGAAAGAAGCUCCAGCAGGGGCGACAGGAGCACAUUCUGCUGAAGAGGUUGAUGUGCGGCCGAACAAUACACCAGUACACGCAACAGUAGUAAAUUCUGCUGAAAAGGAGGCUGAUAGCCCGAAAGAAGACGUGGACGUGCAGACGGAGAAUAAGGCUUCUGAAGAAGCCUUUUCUGCCUCUGCAACUCCUGAUAGUCUGAAGGACAGUGAUGAGAAGGGACUGGCUGAAGAAAACCAGAAGCUGAAAGAGCUGCUGCAUAAGCUUCUUGCAUCUGGCAACGAUCAGAUGGGGGUCAUUACAGAUCUAAGCGAGAAGGUCAAGGUGCUUGAGAGGAAGCUGGCGCGCAAGAAGAGGCCAAAGGUGAGGGUGCAUAGGCCAGCCGGGCAUGCGACGGCCAAAGUCCACUGAAGAUCAUCUCUGAAGUUCGAGAUUGUGUUGUACGGAUCCCAUGUUACUGCUUGUACCCAUGUUGUAUGUGCAAUGUACUACUUUUGAUGUAUACAGCUGUGUUGUGCCACUAUAUGCUAUGUCCUGGAGAAAACAAGAUCUUGUAUAUGUGAUGUAUUUUGUUUGUAGUGUAAUACAUCCAAGUUGAUCUCA